AUGCAACCCACCCAGCCGUCCGACAGAGCCUGCGGGAGGGACGGCGAGGGAGAGAGUCGACUGGCAGUGACGGCGGCGGGGGCUGCAGCCGCCCAGGCGUCCCCGGGGCCGCGGAGACACCUCCCGGGACCGGACUGCGCUCGGCACGACGGGCCUGCAGAGACAGGCCGACAGCCGCUCCCGGAGCUGGGCGGCUGCAGGGGAGCUGAGCGCGCAACCCGCCUCCCGCUGCAGCCGGGCCCCGGGGGCACCUUUGCCGUCAGCUCGGUGGGUACGGAGAUGAGGCGGGCGGGCGGGCGCGGGGGGUCGGGACCGCGGGAGCUCUCUCUCGGAGGCGGUGCUCCGGGCUGGCCGCACGCGAGGGCUGCGAUCAUCCUCGGACCUGACUUGGGGCUGAUCCGGCUGGGCCUGCCUCUGCUCCGGAACGCAGCGCGCGCGUGGAGCGCAAGCUUCUCCCGGGGAUCGCAGCCCUUUACGCAUCGGCCGGGGUCCUUUCGUUACCGGAUUGCGCGAGCCUUACCGCUGCCUUUGGCCGUCCUGCCCUGAUAGUCCGGGUAACUAAAGAGCGGGACUUCCUUGCAGCUCCAGGGCAUUCUGUGGGGGAAUUGGGGAAUUAUUGUAACAUGAUCUGAUGGCUUUCGGGAUUGAAGGCAGAACCGCGGGGCUGUAGUUACUCUGGAUUAAUUGAUGCGGAGUUAUUACAGCAUGGAUGUUUGUGUAGGAACCGCAAGGAUCCGUCGGAAGUUUUCUCCCUUGCUGGCUUCUCCUUUGGGUGCUCUCCUAGCACCUCAUUGUGACCCAGAAUCUUGGGCUGGAAAAGGGCCUGAAGGUAGACUAAUAAAACUUGAUGCACCAAGGCCUAUGUAGGAGGAUCUUAAAAUAAUCAGUAGGUAGAUUGGAGCAGGCUUUCCCAACCCGGAGCCCUCCAGAUGAUGGGAGUUGUGGUCCAAAAUGUAUGGAGGGUACCAGGUUGGGAAAGGCUGGACUGGAGCAUGGCUAGGGAAACUGGCCCUCCACACGUUGUAUUGAAUUGUAGAGUUGGAAGGGACCACGAGGGUCAUCUAGUCCAACCCUCUGCAGUGCAGGAAUCUUUGCCCAAUAUGGGGCUCGAACCCAUAACCCAGAGAUUAAGAAUCACAUGUUGUUUGACUCCAAGUCUUAUCAGCCCCAGCCAGUGUGGUCAGUGCCCAGGGAUGAAGGGUGCUGUAGCCCAGUCUGUGGAGGAUCAAACCUCCUCAUCCCUGGAUUAGAGUAUGCUGCAAGAAGGGGGCAUGGGGUGUGUGGGUGUGCAUGCUUGAUCAUGUGCACGUGCAUGCAUAAGGUGCCCCAGGUCAGAGGUGACUGGUGGGUGCAACCUGGGUUACUUCAAGAGCUGCUUGAUGUUAACUAAGUGAAGACAGCCACACUGUAGAAAAACAGAUUUUUGUUUUAUUUUUAACAUAUUUGCUGUUAAUCCCUUUUUGUCUCCCCUGUCUCUUUUGCACCCUUAAUGUGGGGAACCCUCUCUUAUUCUGCACAACCAGAGUUUAUUUGCUGUCACCUUUUGCUGCCCCUCCUCUUUCCCCACCCCUCUGCAUCCCCACAUCUCUCACCUCUCUCCUUCCUUUCCAUUUUUUGCUCUGUUUUGUGUUCCCUGUCCCCAGCCACACGCUUUACUGAGAUGCCAGAGAAGCCCACAAGGCCCUCACUCCCCCAGCAGUUUCCCCAGGAGCCUUCAAUAAAGGUGGGCUCUGUAGGCUGGCUACAACAGGCAGGGAAAACAGACACGAGUGCGGACAGUUUUGAUGGGCUUGGUGGAGGCUUUUCUGUUCCCACAACAGUAUGGGAAAGACUUCAAACAAUGAGCAUGUUGAAUUUGCCCAGGGGGCUGCAGAUAGGGAAGGGUAAGUCAUGUACACUGACCAUAUAAUAAGGAACAAGGUAGAGGUACCUGCUCUCCUGUACAGUUCUGUUGUCGCUGUUGUUGUGUGUUCCUAUUACCGGCUCCUGCCAUCCCCCUCUACUUGCCUAUCUGUGUGAAGCUGAAUGGAUAGUGCGAGUAGAUGUUUCGCCUCUGGGACUGGGCCAUCCUUGGAUGCCCCGCUGUUACUUAAUCUGAGGCAGUAGGAUUAGGCGCUGCCUAGAGGAGCUACAAAAGCAAUUUCUCAAGCUUGCAAGUUUCACUGCUUUGGGCACGUCUGUUACUUUAGCCACGCCUUCUCUGGCAUGUUAAGGAGGGCAUAUAGGUUAUGGUUUUGCAGACUUGCAUGAGGCACAUCUUCCUGGGACAGCCAAUUUUUUGUGUCAGUGUUUCACUGCCUGCUACAGAAAAACUGAAUGAACUAGAUGGGCCUUUUGAUAUGACCCAGGAAAUUGUUUCUUACACUUUAAAGGAGAUUCUGAGUCAGCAAGGUUUUUAUGCACAUAGAGCAGUCUUGCUGAUGAUUAUGGAGAUGAAUGCAUUGAGAUGAAUAUAUGGCCCAGAUCCACAAAUGGCAAAUAAUAAUAACAAGUGCAUAAUUUUGGCUUAGGACAACCUUCCCCAGCCUGGUGACUUGGACUUCCAGCUCCCAUCCGUCUCAGACCAGUAUGGCCAAUAGUCAGAGGAUGGGAGUGCAGUCGUUCCAUCUGGAGGGCACCAGGUUGGAGGGAGGCUCUCUUAAGUACUGCAGUAUGUUUUUUUGUUGAUGACUGGGACCAAGGGAUUUUCAUUCUGUUUUGCAACAUGGUUCUCUUCUGCAGACAGCUUGUUUUCCUCUUCACUUCAUUGGUCUGCGCAAUGUGAUAAUGCAAAAGGAACUGAUCUCCGCUCCGUCUGAGCUCUUGUAGUUUUGCUACCCAGGUGUUGCAAAUGUGCUUAGUCAAUGGAUGUUCCUUCUUCUUCCAGUUCUCUUAAACCUGCAAAGGAAAGGAAUCUCUUGAGUCUUAAGCAAGCAGAGGCAGUCUUCAGCUAGCUUUAGCAGUCGGGCAUAAAGUGGGAAUUCAAGCCACAAUCCUCUGCUCCACUCUAUACAGCAGCAAUCUCUUUUCUCCACUCUCUGCCUCUGGUUGUAGAGAAAUAGGUUGGAGAUCAAAUUGAGAGGAAGGAGAAAUACCAAGAGAGAGAGAGAGAAAGAAAAGAGCAAGCAAGAGCCACAUUAUGUUUCCAUUUUCCUUUUAAUGAAGGCCCUGUGGAGGUGUAUUUGAAAACACAGGGUCUCCUAUGCCCUCAAGGUGGGUGAGAACACUCUCUUGGCUGGUUCCAGGGCCAUAUGCAACGUAUGGUGGCCAAUGAAAUGGGGCCUGGCUCAUUCUGUUGCUUGUCUUGGCAGCUUGCUUCAUGGCUUGUAUUACCAGCCCUGGAACACAACCACUGCCAAACUCUCUCAGUGUGUGCGUGUGUGUGUUGGGGCUUGGAGAGCUUAGCAGAGACAAAUGCUUCACUGAGUCAGGCUAGGAAUUUUUCAACUUGUUUCUUGAAGCCUGCAUGAAAAUUAUCUGCAGGCUUUUGCCAGAGAUCUCCACUGGGACUCAGCAAGCCUGUGGGGGCGUCUGGGAUACCAGUUGUUAGGAUGUCAGAUUCUUUGUGUAGUUCCUGACAGUUUAAAAUGCCCAUUUGCGUGGGUGGGGGAGACAGGACAUAGGGCUUGCAGUCCAAAUCCGCCCUUUUAUUUUUUUGCGAGGGGCAACAGUUGGCUGUCUGGGGAUUACUUGGCGUGCACUGGAGGGUUUAACGAAAUUCCUGGAGAAAUGAAAUGCAAAUUGGCUGCCUUUUGCCCUGUAACCUCUGACAUUUUAUGCUGCUGUUGCCUGCAGGGAAUAUCUCAUCCCUUUCACAAAUGCUUGCAACUUCCUCAUUGCAGUAUGGUCUGCAUCACAAUGGUCUUAGCCCAAGUAAGAUGGCACUGCCUGCAGAAGACACCUGGUGCUCCCCCCAACCCCACCCCUAGGAUUUUGUCCUCCUCCCUCCUUUGCUGGCAUCCUAGGCUGAGCUCGUAUAUUUGCUGGUGUUGAAAUAAUGAUGCUGAACGUUGGAAGUUUCAAGGCAGAUGCGAGAAAGUACUUCUUGACACAGCACGUGGUUAAACUAUGGAACUCGCUUCUGCAGGAGCCAGUCAUGGCCACCAACUUAGAUGGCUUUAAAAGAGGAUUAGACAGAAGAAGGUGAUUGAUGGCAACUAGCUAUGGUGGCUGGGCUGGGCAAUAAUGCAGUAAUGCUUCUGAAUACCAGUUGCUGGAAACCACAGGAGGGGAGAGUGCUCUUGUGCUCAGAUCCUGCUUCCCACAGGCAUCUGGUUGGCCACUGUGAGAACAGGAUGCUGGAUUAGAUGGGCCAUUGGCCUGAUCUAAUAAUAAUAAUAAUAAAUUUUAUUUAUACCCCGCCCUCCUCAGCCAGAGCUGGGCUCAGGGCGGCUAACACCAAUAAAAUCACAGUAAAAACAAUAAGGGGGGGGAGGAGAAGAAGAAGAAGAAAUAAACCAAUUUAAAAUACAGGUUAAAAUGCAAUUUAAAAUGCAGCCUCAUUUUAAAAGUAGCCGAUAGAUCAAGACCAUAAGGGGAGGGCAACAUAAGGGUCAGACUGAGUCCAAGCCAAAGGCCGGGAGGAACAGCUCUGUCUUGUAGGCCGUGCGGAAAGAUGGCAAGCCCCGCAGGGCUCUAGUCUCUUGUGACAGAGUGUUCCACCAAGUCGGGGCCAGUACUGAAAAGGCCCUGGCCCUAGUUGAGACCAAUCUAACCACCUUGCGACCUGGGACCUCCAAAAUGUUGUGUUCUUCUGUUAAUGUGUUCAACUUCAUCAGUCAAGUAAGCCUAGAAGUAACUUGUUUCCAACCAUUUAACUAAAAGGCCUUGAAGAAACGUCCUCUACAUUACUUUUGGCUCCAGGGUUUGGAUGUCUCUUAGGGAAAUGUCCCCAGAUGCUUCCUUCUUGCCAGUAUCACCGCUGCCCUCCAACUAGGCCCUUCCAGAGGCCGGGAAAGUAGAAAAGAGGAGACUGUUGUUGUUCCAGUUGCCUCACUCUUGUCACUGCUUUCAUUCUUGGAGAUGCCAGAUGAACAGGCAACCACAGCAAGGAAGACUAGGAGGUUCCAGGUGUUGGCAGUGAGACCUUGUGAGGGUUUAGGGAGCCUGGGAAGAUGUCUGAUAAGGACAUCGUGCAAUGCUGGCCGUGCUGUAGAUACAAGGAACGGCCUUGGAGAACUCCUGUAGGCAAGAAGACUUCAUUAAGGUCUUGUAUGUCAUGGCAGCAAUGGUGGUAGGAUCUGAAACCUGGUGGCUUUCUGUACAUUUCCUUAUGUCGCAGCUGGGUCUGAGGCCUGUAAACCUUGGAGUGAAUAUUGGCUCCACCUCCUAAUCUGCUAUAAGUAUCCACCCUCUGCCUUAGCAGUGAACAGAAAACCUCUGAGCCAGCCCCAAAUUUAUUUGGCAUGAAGCUUGGUAGGCAAGGGUCUCCUUCUUUGGAUGCAGAUGAGGUAGAAAGCGGUUGAUGAACACCGAAAAGUAAACUAAGGUCUAUCAAUAUUUCUCAAACUUGGGUCCGCACUGUUGUUGGACUACAACUCCCAUCAUCCCUGACCACUGGUCCAGCUAGCUAGGGAUGAUGGGAGUUGUAGUCCAACAACAGCUGAGGACCCCAAUUUGAAGAACACUCACUUACCUCUUUGCAGGCAGGCAUGUUCUCCCCUCCAUUGUACACAUAGACCUGGCCAAUGUGGAGGGCUGGUUCUGGUGGCUUCAGACAUUUUGUGCAACCAUUCUCUCUUCCAAUAGAGAAGAGGGGUGAGGGAGAUCAUGCAUGUGCUCCAAUAGUGGGAAUGUGUGCUUGCUGCCCCAAUGUGUGAAAAUGUUCUACAGAAGGCAUGGGGGAGCCUGUGGCCAUCCAGAUGAUUUUGGACCCCCAACUUUCAUCUAGAGGGCGACAGGUUCUUCAGCCCAGGUAAGUAUGAAUUAGGCCUGAGUUGGCAAGGUGAGCAACAAAAUCUGUUCUGAAACUUAGGCGACUUAGAGGUUCUGAGGUUCCAUCUGCCCUGAGCUCAGUUAUGAGAAAGGGUGGCAUAAAAAUACCAUUAAUAAUUCAACAAUAAUAGAGGCCAUUAAAAAAUAUAUAUAUGAGAGUACAGUGGUACUUCAGGUUACAUACGCUUCAGGUUACAUACGCUUCAGGUUACAAACUCCACUAACCCAGAAAUAAUACCUCAGGUUAAAAACUUUGCUUCAGGAUGAGAAUAGAAAUCGUGCUCUGGUGGCGCAGCAGCAGCUGGAGGCCCCAUUAGCUAAAGUGGUGCUUCAGGUUAAGAACACUUUCAGGUUAAGUACGGACCUCCGGAACGAAUUAAGUACUUAACCCAAGGUACCACUGUAUUUAAAUGAAAAUUUCCUCCUCUCACACUGGAAAAGUUACCGUUCACUUCCAGAAUAAAUUCUAACCUGGAAAGGGGAUACUCGUAUUUUUCUGCCUCCAGGUGAUUCUAUUUGUGGGCAAUACUCUAUUAAAAGACUUGUUGCCUCCAAAAUGGGCUUUUCUAUCAGAGGUGUGUGUGUUGAUCCUCUUGGGGCCAAAAUAGACAUGACAGCCACAGGUCCAUGUGUCAGAAAGGAAUCUGCUGCCAGAUUGCUGUAAAGGUGGAGAGGGACACAACUGAAAGGAAGGCAUGAGGUGAACCCGCCUCUGUAUUUCCAUUCAAAACCACUUUUUAAAAUGGCAUUUCCACAGCAGGAAUGCAUUCUGGAAUCCAGGGCCUCAUGAAGAGGUUUUAAAAGGCAGUUUUGGUAAGAAAAGCACAGGCAGGCUUCAGAUGUGCUUUAAAUCAGCUGCCAUCCCAUAGGGAUUGCGUAGAAAGCUGCUCUUAUACAGAGUCCAUCUAGUUCCAUAUUGUCAACACUGACUGGCAGUCGUUCUCCAAGUUUUCAGACGAAUCUUUCCCAAUCCUACCUGGAGAUUAAACUUUUGAGACCUUUUGCAUGCAAAGAAGGUGCUUUGUCACUGAAUAUGUGGUAGAGCACAUGCCUUGCUUUUAGGAGAAACCAUCUCCAAUCCGGGGCAUCACCUUUAAAAGGAUCGGCUGGCAGCAGAGCUGACCCACCCAUGAGGCAUGGUGAGGGAACCACCUCAGGCGGCAGAAUCCACAGGGACAGCAGAUCCUGAUGUUGAUUUUUAUUCCCUCCUUGUUCCCUAUGUAGCUCUUCACUUACUGCUUCUUCCCUGGCAGGGACAGGGGCGCCAUUUUGUGAUUUGCCUCAGGUGACAAAAUGUAUUGAGCUGGCCCUGACUAGCAGGUGACGUGAAAGAUCUUCCUUUUUCCUUCAGAUCCUAGAGAGCUGUUGCCGGUCACAAUCAGGCAAUAUAUCAAGUCUGGCCUGAUAUAUGACACUUUCCUACUGUCCUUAGCAGGCUUCAUGCUAUACAAACCAAGAUGUAAGUGGGCUAAUCUUAAUAACUGCCUACCAUAUGGCAGAAGCAAUGUACUAUGAAUUUACUCUGGACCACCUUUAUGGCCAGAUUUUCUUUUCCCCACACAUUUUAAUUUCUUUUUAGUUAUUUAAAAUUGCCAGUAUGGCAGGUUGUGAGAUACUCUGUGUGUGUGUGUGUGUGUGUGUGUGUGUGUGUGUGUGUGUUGCUCUUGCCAACCUAGCGGAAGUGAACAGACAUCUGAGGCGAAUCAAGAUUCUCAGUUUCCCUCUACAGGAAGCAGGCCCUGCAUUUCAGCUGGGAGGAAAGAGUCGCACAUGCAUUCCAGCCCCCUUCCGUGUUUUACCACAUAAUUAAUUAAGGGCUUGAUGUUGCUAGGCAGAUUACAAAGAUGCCCUGAAACCUGGGGUGGGUCUACACACAGGAAAAGCCCACUAUAAAUAAGUCAGAAAUUAAAUCAUUAUAACAAAAGAUAAAAACACGCUAUGGAAAACCACAGAUAUAUAUUUUUUGCUCUCCAGCACCAUCUGGUGUUACAUGUUUAUAACUCAUUCAAAACACUGUUUUUGACUAAUGUAGCUGAGACCCUGGUCAUAUUCAUCCCCCCCCCCCCAUUUGUGCAAGUUUCUCUGUAAGGAACGUGAAAUGUUAACAAUGUGUCUAAGGAGUUUUGAACAGGCCCAGAAUUCAAGUACAGCAUUUUCUCACCUCGCCUUACUUUCUAGUGGAAAGGUCAGCUUACUGCAAAUCAUAUCUCCUGAUUUCGCUAACGUGGCAUCUCAUUUUUCCCAGGCAUUUCCCAGAAUGCUAAGCGUAAAACUGCAGAGUUCUGUCCUGAGGGAGCAUAAAGGAAGACUCCUCAAUGGAGAAGGGCCUGUUGGGCAAGUGGGGCACUGCCCCACCAAGCUCAGCCAACCCCCGUCCACCUUGCCUCCUUGGCCCCCAUGUUGCUUUUGUAGAACUCGGCUGAGAGGAGGAUUGGGGCAAAACUAGUCAAAUGAGGGCCCAUCCAGACUUCCCUUUGUUUUUAGGCACAGGCCUGCACGUUAAAGCUCUGAAUCCGAUUUUCGGCUUGGUGACUUCCCUGGGAAAAGCAGCGUUUCACUGCUAAAUCGAAGCAAACAGCAGUAGGGUUUCCCAUGGAUUGCCAUUUGCUCUGAUUCAGCGGUAAAACGUGGAUUUUCCCAGGGAAAGCAUCAGGAAACGACAACAAAAAAAACCACACGCUUGGACACACAGCUUUAGAGUGCGUACCUGUGCCUGGAAAACAGCGCAAAAGGAAAUCCGAAUGAGCCCUUUUGAACCAGAAUUAGUUGACUUUGCCUGUCUUUGUGUUUAGGUCUGCUUGCCAUUGGUUCUGGCUCCACCUACUGUCAACAUCCCUGCCUUCUGCCCUCUCCCACCGUCCCCACAGCUACUGUUCUGGGGUUUUCUAACCCACCUACCUCGCCCUGCCAAUUUGGCAGGGGGCAGGAGGAGGAGAAUUUGGGGGAAAGCCCUGUUGCAAAAUCCUUGUGUGGGCUUUUGCUUGCAGGACCCACUAGCUGUAUCCAGCCCAUAACAUCUUAAUCCAGUCUGUGCCCUAUAUGUGCGCUUAGCCACCACAGAAGCACACAUCUCUUUUUGUUGUUGUUGAAUGUAUAUAUCUUUAUUGUUUUAAAAUAGAUACAUUUAUGCCAGGAAAGCAAACAGACAAACAAACAAACAUACAAUCAAUCAAUCAAACAAACAAACAAACAAACUAUAAAUUGACAAUCAGACAGUAGCAAUAUGUGAAACAACACAGUUAUGAUAACUAACAUCCUUUGUACUCCCAACGAUGGGAACGAUUGUAAAACUUGUAAAACAAGAAAUUAAAAAUGACUUCCAAUUACCGGUAGUCUCGCUGUACUUUAUCUGUUGAUUAUCUUAUACCGCAGUUACAUAUUUCUUAUAUAGUUUCUGUUAACUUCCCUACAAACUUAUAUUUAUACAAUGCAAGGUUCAGUCUAAUUCUGCCAAGAAGUUUCCUUUUAUACCGUAAUUUUUAAAGUAUUCUUUAAAAAUUCUCCAAUCCUUAUAGACUAUUUGUUUUGUUUGGCCUCUAAUCCUUCCUCUCGUCUUUGCUAGCUGCAGGUAUUCUACCAUUAGGAUUUACCAAUCCGCCGUGUUAGGUAUUGCUGUAUUUUUCCAAUUUCUUGCUACUAAGAUUCUGGCCGCUGUUAUCCCAUACAAGAAGCACACAUCUUGUAUACAGAGUUGAGAGAGAAAUGACAGGGUUUGUAAACUGUGCAUGUAGUAGCACACAGGGGAGGGAGGAGAUCACCUGCACGAUUCUGGAUAAAGACAAGUUUCAUUGCUAUCAGAGAGGUAGCAGGUUUCCCCAAGUUGUUUAUUUCUUUUUAAAAGGCUACAAGAACACAAAUGUGGGGAAGUGGAGAACUCCUCUCCCCCCCAAAAACCCUUCAAAAAUCGCUCAACUUUGUGUUCUGGGGAAUACAAAGAUUAUUCCAAAAUACGAAAGGCGGCAAUAUGACACCCACGGUGGUGUCUGUAGAAUUAGUACAGUAAUUGCCUGAUUUCUAGAGGGCAAAAGUGUAUUUAUCAUGAACACAGUUGAUAAAAAAAAGCCAAGGCUAUACAGUGGUACAUCGGGUUACAGACGCUUCAGGUUACAGACUCCGCUAACCCAAAAAUAGUACCUCAGGUUAAGAACUUUGCUUCAGGAUGAGAACCGAAAUCGUGCAGCAGCGGCAGUGGGAGGCCCCAUUAGCUAAAGUGGUACCUCAGGUUAAGAACAUUUUCAUGUUAAGAAUGGACCUUCUGAACGAAUUAAGUUCUUAACCUGAGGUACCACUGUAAUCCUAAACUCAGGACCAGCUCACCGAUGAGGCGAGCAGAGGCAGAAUCCCACAGAACAGCGCACCCAUGGGUGCCCUUGCUGUGGCUGCUGGAGAAGCGAGGCGAAACGGUGGCAGCAGCUCCUGGUGAGAUCCUGCAAGAUCUCAUGAGAUCUCAUAGGAAGUCUGCUGCUGUUGCACGACCCUGGAAAGUGAGGCUUUGGCAGCAAAACGGGCCGGGCCACCCCUGCAUGUACUUGGGAGCAAGCUGUAUUUGAACACCCUGGAACGUGAAUGCAGAGAAUUGCGCUGAGACAGCUGCAUUAGAUCUAGUGACUGAUAACAGCUUUUUAGUCAAUAAAGUAUUGAUUUUAAUUUAUCUGUGAAUUAAUCAACUUAUUAUUAUUUAUUUGCACACCCUCCAUCCUAAAGCAGCAGGGCACGUUACAACAAUGAAAAUGCAAUGUUAAAAACAAUGUUUAAAACACCUUACAAGCAUAGAAAGAAAGUGAGUCUCAAAAAUUUACAACUUACGUGACCCUGGAAAUAGUCUGUUUACUGACACUUCAGUUAAUUACCGUAUUUUUUGCUCUAUAAGACUCACUUUUCCCCUCCUAAAAAGUAAGGGGAAAUGUGUGUGCGUCUUAUGGAGCGAAUGCAGGCUGCACAGCUAUCCCAGAAGCCAGAACAGCAAGAGGGAUUGCUGCUUUCACUGCGCAGCGAUCCCUCUUGCUGUUCUGGCUUCUGAGAUUCAGAAUAUUUUUUUUCUUGUUUUCCUCCUCCAAAAACGAGGUGCAUCUUGUGGUCUGGUGCGUCUUAUAGAGCGAAAAAUACGGUAUUUAUUUAAAAAAAUGACAAAGACCACCAGCACCUGGUGGCUACCAUCUUGAGCCUCAUCUCAGAGUAAGAAAUCCCCCGCCCAAACAGAAUUGUACAAUUGCUUUGUUUUAUUUUGAAUUUAAUUAAUAGGGUUGAUGAAGAUUGAAUGGGGGUAAUUAACUGAAGGGGAAUUGAUUGAAUUUUGGAGUUGGAUCUGUGUAAGUGAUUAAUUAGGGUUGGACUCCAACCCCCUGAUUGGACCUUGGCUUAUUUAACUUUGAUUAGCGUGCUGUCAAACUUUUUGAAUCUCCAUUUUGGCCUAAAAGCCAUUUUUGGACUAGCGUGUUUGUGAAGAGGCUUUGAUUACUUCUAUCAUCCACCCUGCAUUUUUCUCAAACCUGUUUGUAAUCAUUGUAAAUUGUAAUUGAAAAGGAGCUACUGAUUUGGGGUGGAGGGUUGAAAAUUCAUUGAUAAAAAAUACUUGAUUUGAGGUUAAUUGGAUAGACAGGUUUGGUUUGCCUUCUGUGAAAAUUUCAGUUCCAGUAAUUAUUUCUAAACGGGCAUUUGCAAUUUUGUACUUUAUGGGCCUGUGCCCCAAAUCUUUUAAGUACCUAGUUGCUCAUUAUUUCCAGUAAACAGAAUUGUGUUGUUUGUGUACUUAACUCUGGAGGUAUGUUGACCUGAGCUGUAUUGAAACUAAUGACAUAUCAGUGUGCUUUGUGCUUAAUUUUUUGCUGGAUUCUGCCCGGUGUUCUGAGGUUCUAUGAAAUGUUAUUUAUAUGUAGUGCCCAGUGGCAACCCUUAAAAUUUGACUUUUCUUACCUCUUCUAUGUUCUUUAGAAAGUGUUGCAUGUAUUCUCAGUCACAUCAAAUAGUAUUAAUGGCAAUUAAUUUUUAUCAAGUAGAUCCUGCGAUGCAUUCGGCCAGUCAGCAGGCCUCUUAUCUUAAUUUCAGACUAAUUUUCUUCUCUCUAAAGAAGAAAACACAUCACUCUGUUUUUCUUAACUUUCACUCCAUGUGGAAAGUUAGUUAGUUGUUCCCUUUCAUUUUCUCAUAUGGAGAUUGUGACCACAGGUGAAUUCUUUGUGGCUUUUUUCAGUCUCCGCGUAGAAUCACUAUUCCUGGCCAUGAAGUUAAUUUUUAUUUUACUUCCUGUUUUCGUUGUAGGUUUUUAGCCUAAGUUAUCUAAGGUGGUAUUUUGUGAGAAAUUAUCACUAAUCUUCCUGUGGCGGGCUGCUCUCAGCAACAUAACCAAAUAGGAUAUGGGAAGGAUGUUUGUUUCUGUGGUGACGCCCAUUUGCAUUCAGGUUGAUCAUUUGUCUUACAGGUUUUAUCUAGAGGCACUACUUCCUAGUCUUAAGCAAUCUGUGUAACUAACUGGCUAACUUCUUUCUUGCCAUUCUGCCUUCUUCCUUAAGCUCAUAAUUAUUGCUGAGUCCUGCAUUAGAUAAUCAUUGCCUCCUGUCUGUUAAAGCGUUAACUCCAUAAAGCUUCUUUUAUUGCCCUUUGGCAUAGGAGUCAAUAAUUACCUCUUUUUCUGUCCACUGACCUUCUUCACCCUUUACUUAGCAGUGAUAAAGGCUUCUCGCCUUACGUAAACAUAUGCAAAUAUCUAAUUAUCAUGACUUUGCAUGUUAGAUUAUCUGGGUCAACCUGGCUCCUUGAUAGAAUGUCUUCUUUUUGUAGCUAUUUCCCUGUGAAGCAGGUAGGAAUUCUUCAUGUUCCUCUCAAUCAGGGGUGGGGAAUCUUUGGUCCUCCAAAAUGUUGCUGAACUACAACUCCCAUGAGCUCCAACAAACAUGGCCAAUGGCUAGGGAGGAUGGGAGUUGUAGUUCAUCAACACUUGGAAUGCCAAAGGUUCUCUAUCCUUGAUUUUCCUCCAAAGUCUCUGGGUGACAUUCUAGGAAGAUGUCUCUGCCACAUUGUGCACAAGGAUUCCAAUGUGGUAUAGUUUGGAUUUCCUGACACAAGAUAUUUAAGCAGAGACAGACAAAUCAUGUUCCUCAUCUACACUCUCUUUCCUUAAGAUUUCAGAAUGAUUUGUUUUGCCUUUUUGGAUUAUCAUUGCUCAGAUUCCCAUAGUGAUGUGUGGUUUUCUCUUUCUCUUCUCCAGGCUGUGGGAUUGCAUAGCCUGCUAUGA